AUGACUGACCCUCUGCCUCCAUUCAAGGUGAAGGCCUUAUAUACGUAUGAAAAUGAUUAUGAAGAUGAUUUGACCUUCAGUGCUGGGCAAAUUCUCACCGUCACUGUGGUAGAAGAUGAUCAAUGGUACACGGGAACUUAUGAUGGACAAGAGGGCAUUUUCCCCCGUAACUUUGUGGAAAUUUAUCAUGAACUUCCCCCAGUACCGGUUUCCAGACCAACUCCUAAAUCUCCAAACAGAGAGACUACAGCUGCUACUGCUAAUGCCACUAAGGAAUCAAAGGAUAAUAUUGUUGUAGAUGAAGUGAAGCCCAAGCUUUCGGAUUCCAUCGGUACAGGCCCCAUUCCGAAACCCGUACUUCCCGGAGGCCAUAAAGUUGCCGAUCCAUAUAGUGUUACUAAGCAGUUUAUGGCUACUGGUAAAUCAUCAUACGUGCCUCAAGUAACGCCCAGAGAUCAGGCCAAUGUGAUUCACACCAUUCCGGCAAGCUCUAGCUCACAUGCGCCCCCACCAGAUGUUGUCCGCGAAACUUCCCAAACAGUGGCCCAAGAGGAAGAAGAACCCAAGGUCAGUUUGAAAGAGCGUAUUGCACUUCUCAAGAAGAGACAAGAAGAAGAAGCUGAACGCGAAGCAGCUGCACUCAAGAGAGAGGAGGAAAGAAAGAAAAAAGCCGCCGAGAAAGCCAAAUUGAAGAAGCAGAAGGCUUUGAACCAGCAUACAACAGGGGAUAGUGUAAUCAGUGCUGGUUCAGUCGAUGGAGGUGCGGAAUUAUUAAAUGCCAAUGAAAAUACUGAAGAAGGUAUAACUGAAGAAGGAGAAGAAAGCUCAACUGUUAAGGUGCAAGGUGAAGAUAAUGAAUUGGGAUCCGUAGAAAAUAGAGAAGGCAACGAAGAAGAUGAUGAAGAAGAAGAUGCUGAAGCUGCUGAAGAAGAAGAAGAAGAAGAAAGCGAAGAACCAACUGAAGAAGAAGACGAUGAAGAACUCAAAAGAAGAAGAUUAGUUGAACGCAUGGCUAAAAUAUCUGGUGGAAGAAGUAUGUUUGGUAUGAUGGGUAUGGCAACUCCAUUUAGUCAAGCAACUCAAGCAUCGACCCCCAAACGAACAAAAUCAGUCAAAAAGCUGAGUGACGAAUCAGAUGAAGUUAGCAAAGCCAAACCUAUUCCAAUCUUGCCAAUGGUCGGCAAUACCCCAAUUCCUUCAGCUUUGAAGAAGUCUGUGAAUUCGCCCGAAGCAUCAAAGGUCCAAGACUCCAGCCAGUAUCCUGAAAGUGAAAGUUCUGUAAUGAUUGAGGAUGACAUAGCAACAGAAUCAGAUUCAAGAAUUCUCGAACCUCAAGAAUUUAAAAUUGAUCCUGUAAGACCAUCACUUGCUUCAGAUGGUGAAGUUGAUACUUAUCAGUCAAACAUGGAUUCGAACAUUAGAAUAACGACUAGUCUUGAUGAUGAAAAGGAGAAAGAACCUACAGGCUACGAAGCGGAUGAAGAUUUAUCUGAUAUAGCAAGGACUUCUACGAUAACGGGACCUUCCGCUCUUGAUUCUCCAGUUAAAACGUCUAUACCUCCAGCUCCUCCUGUUCAAGUGCCUCCUACACUUCCUUCAUUGCCAAGACUGUCUACUGGUUUGAAUGAUGUAGAUGAUUCGACCAUACCUAAUACUGUACCGCCACCACCCCCCUCUACUAUCCCUAGAUCACCAACUAUGAAACAACCUAAAGUGCCUUCAAUUGCACCUCCUAUUCCAAAAGUGAUCUCUUCAAGCUCAUCAACUAUUCCCCGCGGGCCAGCUAUAGGAUCAAUGAUUCCUCCUCCAAUCCCUUCUGCACCAAAAAUCCCUACUAGCCAUCCUGUCGACGUUCAAGAAGAAAAACUUGUAAGUGAAAAGGAAGUAUCUAACAACAAUAAUGAUGAAGUCGACAAUGAUCAAACUACGGACAGUGAAGAGCAAGAAGAAUACGAUGAUGUAACCUCUGAGGAAGUUGGAGAUAGAGAUAUAAUACAACAUGCCGAGAGCGAGGAAGACCAAGACAUUAUUAGUCCUACACUGGCACCACCAGCUUUACCAUAUGGAAUACCACAGAUUCCCAAAACAGCACCUUUUGCUCCUUCCAUUCCAGCAGUCCCCUCUAGUGCACCUCCUCCAGUAGCAAGUGAAGAGUUAACUAAUGAAAGUAUAUCUUAUGCAACUGCUCUGCGAGCUGCUACAGAUGCAUCCCUUGGACGGAAAUCGUCCAUAAAAGGCGACGAGCAAACAAAUGCCGAAUUAGUAUUGAGUGAAUUAGAGUUUGAAAUAGCCAACAUUACAGGGAAUUCCAAUUGGUGGCUUAAAGGAGAGCUCCCUGAUUCAUUGAUACAAAAGGCUAGAUCAGAUUUGAUUUAUGAAGUUGAUAGUCAUGAAAUUCGUAAGAGAGGAGGGCGAGUUGUCAACUUCCGUGAUUAUUAUGUUCUAUUUUAUGAUUUAAGUCAAUUGGUGUUUGAAAUUGAAUUUGAAAAGGAUGAUCCCAGAUCAUCGAUUAAAUUGGUUAAUUCGUUAAUUAUGCCUGUACCAACCAUCCAUAAGGAUUUGUUGAAUAAGUAUAGAAAUGAAUAUGGAGAUCGAGUUGUUCUGGAAGCAAGUUCCUUACUUGGUCUGAUAGUUACAGGUGAAUUUGUUGAUUUGAUUUUGAACAAGUUUUCCUCAGAAUUGAUUCAACCAAUUGGUAAUAAAUCUUGCGGUGUUACAAUAUACAAGAACUUUAACAAUCAUAAUAUUGCAAAGAUUGAUGAUAUACGUGCAGGAGAUAUACUAUGGAUCAAGAAUGGUAAGUUCCAAAGUCACAAAGUAAUGGGAAGUAAAGUGAUUAGCGUUGGUGACCAUGAAGUACACAAAUCAAUUAUUUAUGAGUAUGACACCCGCAAAGAUAAAAUCAGGGUCAUUGAGCAAGAAUCAAAUGGACUCAUUAAGAAAGAAAGUUACAAAUUAACAGACUUUAAAAGUGGGAAGCUUCGAGUGUUUCGACUUGUUGGUCGUGAUUAUGUUAAUUGGUAG